CUGUCGUAAACUGUGGUAAAGAGAGCUCAGGAGACGGCAGACUCGUGUGUGUACUGCAGCACAUGCUCAGUGUUUUGGUCAUACAGAAGGAAGAGCACGCGUGUGUGACCGUGUCGUGUUGCUGAUAUGAAGAUGAAUCUCCCUGAUGUGGAUAAUAAACACACCGCAGAUGAAGAGCGGAGGGCGGUGAAGCGCAAGAUGGCGAUGUCCAGGUGCGAUGUUUGUGAUUGUGAAGAGGCUAAGUACAGGUGUCCGAGCUGUAAAAAACACACCUGCAGUCUGGUGUGUGUGAAGCGGCACAAGUCUGUGUCGGGAUGCUCUGGCGUUCGGGAUCAGACUGCGUUUGUGUCUCUGUCUGACUUCAGGGAGAUCCACAUGCUCAGCGACUACAGGUUUCUGGAGGACAGCGCUCGACUCAGACAGCAGUCCAGCAGAGACACUGUGAUGACCAGCGGACGACAACACCCCAAACAGGGUCAGUGGAUGAUCAGGAAGGCCAAAGCAGUGAAAGUGACCUUAAAGCUUCUCCCGAAAGUCUUCAGCAAACACCGAGAGAACACCACCGUCUUCAUACACAGGGAACGGCGAUUUCACUGGCAUCUCAAGAUCCAUUUUCCUCAGAGCGAAGCCGUUUAUUCUGAGAGGCGUCCUGAUAACACGCCGCUUGAACAGAUCCUCCACGGCUACAUCCAUCCUUCAGAAGCGGAUCCAGUGCGACGGCAGAAGUUAAAGCUCUACGUCUCUAGUCAACAGAACAUCAGAGUGUUUCUGAAAGCAGAACUGGAGCAGCUGAACUCUCUCAGGUAUCACGAGCUGGAGCUGAACAAGACUCUGCAGGAGAAUCUGAUGUAUAAGACCAUCAUCGAAUACCCAGAACUCUUUGUGGUUCUGGAUCAGCACAGUCAGCAGUACCACACUCCAGAACCAGACGCUCCUGAUGAGGGCACAGCGUCAGCAUCAUCUUCUCCAUCAGAAACACCAGCGAAGAAGAAGCCCAGAGUCUCAGAAGAUGAAGAUCUGGAGGACGGAGAGCUGAGGAGCGAAGAUGAUGAAGAAAACCAACAUCACACGCAGAAUAAACUCGCUGAAGAUGCAGAGCGGACUGCAGGACCACCUGAAGAAGAGCACAAGCCUUCUGGAGAGUCUGAGAGAGCACAUGAUGAUGAUGAUGAUGAUGAUGAUGAUGAAGAACAGACUGAUGGUGUCCUGUUUCCAGUCCAGAUAUCCACAAACUCUUAAAUCAGUCAGCAGUUUCCAGACAAGUAGAAAUAAUCUAAUCUAGUGUUGUGUUCAGAAAUGCGGAGUCAAAGCGGAGAGAGUUUCAGAGUCAUCUGACCCUGGGGAAGCAGGAUCAUCCUGGUUUAGGUUUGACGUAGGGUUGUUUUUCUUCCCCCAGUGUCAGAUUAUUGUGCCUGUUUUAAGGAGAAACUCUCUUCAUUUCUCCUCAUUAUUUCCGAACACAACACUAUAUAUCAGUAUUAGUUAUAUUAUAUAAUAUAUUCAUAAUAUUACAUAAUAAUUUAGAGAUAUUUGAAGUAAAACAAGGCAAACUCUCGAUAAGGAAGUGUUUUUGCAGUGUGCAGAUGAACUCAAACACCAAAUCAGAGCUGGAUAAUGUGUUUGGUUUGCUCCUUUGUUACACAUUACACUCGUCUGCUCUAAUAUCAGGGCACAAAUCAAGAGCGAGUGAUGCUUAAGCAUUUAUUCUUCAGAUUUUUCUUUGCAUUUUGGCUUUUAUUUGCCAGUUUAAAUAGCGGUAUUCCUCAAUGCCAUGUGCCUUUUUUUAAUAAACGUCUGGAUGACAG